AUGAAGCAGUGCAGCGACGCCGUUAACGGUGUCACGGAGGAGAGGAAAAUGUUGGAAGGGGCCCGCACGAAGCUCGACGAGAUGAGCAGGAACAUCAUCGAGGGUGUGGCAGCCGCUAACGCAAAAGCGAGCGAGGACGCCGUCGAGAAGCAGCUUAAGCUUGUCGAGGAGCGGCUGGUUGCUUCGGUCGCGCAGGGUAUCAAGAAAGCCGUCAAGGAGGACUUGUUCUACUCCGCCAUCCCGCCCGAGAGCAUGAAGGUGCUGAAGGACGUUCGUCGAGUUCAUGAGCGCUCGGUUCCUCCUUCUUCGGUGGGAGGACAUGUUGGCAGCCCGGUAGCAUCCCCACCGUCGCGUGCCCGUCAUCACGUCGGCAAGUCCGUCGAGGACAACGAGGUCAUCGUACUCGAGCAGUCGCCCCCUCAGAAGACCACCGAAGCAGCACCGAAGCCUCCGACUGAUGCUUUUGCUCCGCUGCGGGACAUGCUUUCGGGCCUCGGGAAAAAGGGUGGGAAAGGAUUGGUUGCGGGGGAGCAAAGUGGUGCCCCUAUCGAGUCCGUCGCCUCAGCCGGGAAAGGAGCCAUGGGAAAUCGAGGUGCCCCUACCCCGUCAGGCAGCGCUGCAGGGAAAGGAGCGGGGGAGACACGGGGUGCUCCCAGCCAGGUCGUCAUCGCUGGUGGGUUGCUGUCGAAGACAACGGCCGAUACUGCUUUGCAGCUCGGUGUUGUUGGCCAUCCUGUCGAGCCAGUGGGAAAGAGGGCGUUUUCCUCUACCCCUCCCGUUGCUCCUGUCAUUGCUCCCGCCCUAGGCGACGUCCACCUUAGCAAACCGGCGUCCCCUCCUCAUGCUCCACGCGGCUCCCCUUCUGCGUCGAGGAAAAGGCAGGCGUCGAGGAAGUUGCCAAAGCGCGGUGCAGGGGCGACAGAGAGCGGUGACGUGGUGGAACUGGUCAGCCUCCCUGGCCAAGCUCCUGUCGAAGCGGCGUCUACCGUCGUUGCUGGUCGCCAUGAGAAGGCGAAAAAGGCCAGGGUGCUCCGCUACGCCGCACCUGGUCCGCCCGACGACGAGGGCAAGGUAGCGGUCUCUCCUCUGCCUGCCGGAAAGGCGUUGUCCUUAACGGAUCGUUCUCCAUAA